AUGUACGUAAGCGGUUCGAUUGUGCAUUGGAUCGGAAAAUCAGCCACAACACAGUUCGCUGGUAAUGGUGCACAAAACUAUGGAGGAGCCCUUUAUGUUGAAAGUGGCUCCACGGUCGCCUGGGAGGGAAACACAGCAACGACGAGCUUUGUCAACAACACCUCACGAAGAACUGGAGCAGCCGUAAGAGUGGACGACUCGAAUAUAUCGUGGACAGGGGAUCUAGCAAUGACACAGUUCAUCGACAACUAUUCACUUGGAGCCGCGCUAGAAAUAGCCGAAUCGACAGUCUCCUGGACUGGACACGGGGCGACGACAGAGUUUGUCAACAACAGUGCAACAGAUGUCUCUGGGGGUGCGCUUUCGGUGACCGAUUCAUUUGUCUCUUGGACAGGAGACAAUGCAACAACAAAGCUUAUUAACAACACUUCAAUCGUCAGUGGAGGCGCCCUCUGGGCGGUUACUUCGAACGUAUCUUGGACAGGAGACAAUGCGACGACACAAUUUAUCGAUAACACUGCAGCAAACAAUGCGGGCGCGCUUUUGACGACUGGUUCGACCGUCUCUUGGACAGGAGACAACGCGACAACGCAGUUUGUCAACAACAGUGCGGGCAUCGGGGGUGCAGUAGGGUUGGAAAGUGGUAGCGUGAGCUUUGCCGGCGAUACGAAAUUCACGUCGAACGUAGCAUCGGUCGGAAACGGGGGGGCGUUGGCAGCAGUAAACGCCUUUGGAUCCACCGAAAGUUCGACGUUGGUCUUAAACGGCACCGCUACCUUCUUCAACACUUCCGCGGCAAACGGUGGUGGUCUAUCUAUUCUUGGUUCAUGCAAUUUGACCUUCGGUGCAGGGGAUGUCAGGUUUCUUGAAAACUCUGCUGCAAUCGCGGGAGGAGCCGUCUUCCUAGCAGGCACCAGCGUUGGCCCGACGUUCACCGACGUAACGUUUAGCUUCAACUCGGCAGAGAUUGGAGGGGCUGCCUCGAUAUGGGACAGAGACGAUGGACAAGGGGCAGCCGUGUCGAACAUCGGUUACAUUUCGAGUGUCGCCAACAUCUCCUUCAGCGGCAACGGGUUCGACUGCCCAUCCGGCACGUUCCUAGACUGGAACGAGUUUACUUCUGUGGCGAACGUCACCUACCCGAGCGUGUAUCAAGACCUCUUGACCGCUCUGGACAUUUUCAACUUCGACCUAUCCUGGAUACUCUCGGUCGGUUGUGUCGUUCGUACGGAUUUCCAUGACCGACUCCUCGUCUCAACGAUUGGUCCCAUCGUCGGGCUGAUGUUGCUCACAUGCACCUACGCCUGCGCUCUUCAGAUACAUCAGGGAUCCUCCCAGAACCUCCAGAGCGUCUGGAACAAGCACGUUUCCAUGGUGCUGCUGCUGACGUUUUUUGUGUAUUCAAACGUCAGUGCAAUCCUCUUCAAAGCAUUCGCGUGUGAGCAGCUGGGCGAGAGCAUUUACCUUCGUUCGGACUAUCGUAUUGAGUGCGAUUCACCAAAGCAUCAGGCUUUCAAGAUAAACGCGGGCUUUAUGAUCGUCCUGUACACGGUGGGCAUCCCCACUCUCUACGCCGGCCUCGUUUUCAGGGAUCGUCAUUUGCUCAAAAAGGACGAGGCCGACCGAGAAGACACUCCGCGGGUCACUUCUACGUCCGGUCUGUGGAAGCCGUACAGGCCGUCCGUCUUUUACUACGAGGUAUUCGAGUGUGGUUGGAGGGUUCUGCUUGCCGGUGUGGUCGUGUUCAUCUACCCGGACACGGCCGCGCAGAUUGCGGUGACGCUGAUGAUCGCCUUUGCGUUCGUCAUUGUCUCAGAAGUUUUGUCCCCGUACUCAUCAAAGUGGGACCGCUGGGUCAACCGCAUGGGGCACGUGGUUGUGUUUGUCAGCAUGUUCGUCGCUCUCCUGCUGAAGGUGGACGUGGCGGACGAGGACGCCAGCAGUCAGAAGGUGUUUGAGAGCGUCCUCGUGGCCGCUCACGUUUGCAUGGUGCUGGUGGUGGUGAUCGAGGCAAUCGUGUUGACGUCUUCGCUGAGGGGCUAA